GGGUUCACAUUUCAGGGAAGAGAGCUCUGAAUCUCUGCACCUAUGGAGGCUACGAAAGAAAGAGUUGGUCUGCUCGACAAAAUCCUCCCGCCGGCAUUAGCAGACGCCGGACUCGAAGAUUGUGCGCUGCCGCCGGAAUCUAUACAGGAAGCUUUUCGCAAAGCCGCCAACGCCGUUAAGUCUCGCGCAGCUUCGAUUUUCGAGCACGAGGAGGAAGGUGGUUGUGUAGCGGAUCCGAUUCCGGAAGCUUCUGACACGAUCAUCGUCGGCGGGGAUAAUGAAAGGGAUACUGGGCCGUGUUUAGCCGGAAAGGGAAAUGCGAAGUUGGCUGAAUCGGAACAAGCCGGAGAUUUGGUUGUGGGAGGCGAAGGAGGAGAAGGGAGGAGCUGCGUUGAUGGUUUGAAGGAUUUAGACGUCGAAGGUAUUGAGAGCAGUAGGGAGAAGAAGGAUCAGAGUGAAGAAGACGAAGAAGAGGAGAAGAAACCGAUCUUGGUUGAAGGAUUUGUCUGAGAGUCCUCACAUUGUCUAAACUGUUCUUCCCUCGUGUAUAUAAAUAAAUAAAAGCAUUAAGCUUUAACAGCUUAAAAGUUCGUUAACGUUGCUUCGCUGAUUCCGUGGUGCUUAAAAUUCCGACCUUUGUCUCCAUAGGCAAUGGUAGCAAAGCCUUAUGUAUCGCUUGUUAAGACUCAAAACUUGAUGAAAUACAAUUUGAGGAAGAAAGAGGCGAUCCUCUCUACUGAGUUUUGAUUUA